GUCCAGGGAAGCCACCAGAAGGGGGCGGUGCCGUCGGGGAGCGUCUCGCUAGCCUCAUUCUGGCCGCAUGUCGGGCCCAUGCCCUGGCCCGGCGAGGUGCAGUGCCACUUGAUGGAGAUUUGCAGAGAACGGCCCGCUGAUGAGGAACUGCAGCUCCCGAGGCCGCCGCCGGCGCUCUCUUCGAAUUGGCUGCUGCGCCUCGGCAACGCAGGAGGCGCCGGCCGCCAUGCCGAAAGCUUCCUGAGCCGAGAUCAGACCCGCCAUGCCAUCCUCUCGUGGCGCCUUGAACGGCCCUACCUGAUCUACAGCUUGGCAUGCGCGGCUUUGAUGCUCCUGCUUUUAGUCUGGAAUGUUGUCAAGGGCGUCCAGAACAACUGGAACCUUCCACAGUGGAAGCAUCACCGUUGGGAAGAGUACCUGGAGGUUGGCAUCGGCAUUGUGAUCGUGCUGGAGGUGGUGCUUACCUUGCGCUUGCUUGGCGCGAGGGACUUCUUCGCAAACGGCUGGUGCGUCUUUGAUUUUAUUGUGGCGCUGCUCGCAGUGAUCUCCACGUGCUAUGGCCUGGAACACCUGGGCCGUCAGGGGGAGAUCUGUGAGGCGCAGCUGCCGCUGCUCUUCGUGCGCUUCGUGCUGCAGCCGGCGCGGCUCCUGGGCGCCCUGGUUUCGACCUGGCGAACGCGCCGGAUGCAGCUCAACGUACAAGAGCUCACAGUCGACGUGAGCAACCUCACCAAUGACACACGCUUUGAGGCACUGCAGGAGAUCUCCUGAGCCAGCGUGUCGCACAGAACGAAAAGGGAAGGCGCUUCGGCUUCGGCUGGGAAGGCGCUUGGAUCGGAUGUGCUACGAUCGCAUUGCACCCCGCGGUUACG